CUUCGCGCCUGCGCAGCGCCCGGGAGGGCCGCGCCGGCCGCCAUGGCGCACCGCUGCCUGCUGCUGUGGGGCCGCGCCGGCUGCCGGCCCCGCCGCCUGCCCCCGCUGCUCGUGCCCGGCGGCGGCGCGGGCCCGCACUGGCGGCCCUGCCUCCGCACGCUGUAUCGAUAUGCUACAACUCAAGCAACAACUAGCAGAAACUCUCUUUUGACAGAUGUAAUUGCUGUUUACCGAAGAUUCUGUUCUAGACCUCCAAAAGGAUUUGAAAAAUAUUUUCCUAAUGGGAAAAAUGGGAAAAAGCCUAGCGAACCUAAAGAAGUUUCGGGAGAGAAAAAAGAAUCAAAGCCAUCCGGUACCUCACGCCCUUCUGGAGGAGCUGGGGGUGGUGGAAAACGAGGUGGCAAGAAAGAUGAUUCUCACUGGUGGUCCAGGUUCCAGAAGGGUGACUUUCCAUGGGAUGACAAGGAAUUCAGGAUGUACUUUCUCUGGACUGCUCUCUUUUGGGGCGGAGUCAUGUUUUACUUCCUGUUCAGGAGCUCUGGGAGAGAAAUCACGUGGAAGGACUUUGUCAAUAACUAUCUUUCUAAAGGCGUCGUGGACAGACUGGAAGUUGUCAACAAGCGUUUUGUUCGUGUGACUUUCACGCCAGGAAAAACCCCUGUGGAUGGGCAAUAUGUCUGGUUUAAUAUUGGCAGCGUGGACACCUUUGAGCGAAAUCUGGAAACUUUGCAGCAGGAAUUGGGCAUUGAAGGGGAGAACCGGGUCCCCGUUGUCUACAUUGCUGAAAGUGAUGGUUCGUUUCUCCUGAGCAUGUUGCCCACGGUGCUCAUCAUCGCCUUCUUACUCUACACCAUCCGACGAGGGCCAGCUGGGAUUGGGCGAUCAGGCCGGGGCAUGGGGGGGCUCUUCAGCGUUGGAGAAACUACUGCCAAGGUCCUAAAGGACGAGAUAGAUGUGAAGUUCAAAGACGUGGCUGGCUGUGAAGAGGCCAAGCUCGAGAUAAUGGAAUUUGUGAAUUUCUUGAAAAACCCAAAGCAGUAUCAAGACCUUGGAGCCAAGAUCCCCAAGGGCGCCAUUCUCACUGGCCCUCCAGGCACUGGGAAGACGCUGCUCGCGAAGGCCACCGCUGGAGAAGCCAACGUCCCCUUCAUCACCGUCAGUGGCUCUGAGUUCUUGGAGAUGUUUGUUGGUGUCGGGCCAGCUAGGGUCCGAGACUUGUUUUCCCUUGCCCGGAAGAAUGCCCCUUGCAUUCUCUUCAUUGAUGAGAUCGACGCCGUGGGGAGAAAGCGAGGAAGAGGCAACUUUGGGGGUCAGAGUGAGCAGGAGAACACGCUCAACCAGCUGCUCGUGGAGAUGGACGGUUUCAAUACAACAACAAACGUCGUCAUCCUAGCGGGCACCAACCGGCCAGACAUCCUAGACCCUGCACUGAUGAGGCCGGGGCGCUUCGAUAGGCAGAUCUUCAUUGGACCACCAGACAUAAAGGGGAGAGCCUCUAUUUUCAAAGUUCAUCUCAGACCACUAAAAUUGGACAGUGCCCUGGAAAAGGAGAAACUCGCCAGAAAACUUGCGUCCUUAACUCCUGGAUUUUCAGGUGCUGACGUCGCUAAUGUCUGUAACGAAGCUGCUCUGAUUGCUGCGAGACACCUCGCAGAUGCCAUAAACGAGAAACACUUUGAGCAAGCGAUCGAGCGGGUGAUCGGGGGCUUGGAGAAAAAAACCCAGGUUUUGCAGCCCGAGGAGAAGAAGACAGUAGCCUACCACGAAGCGGGUCAUGCGGUGGCUGGCUGGUACCUGGAACAUGCGGACCCGCUCCUAAAGGUCUCCAUCAUCCCGCGGGGCAAAGGCCUGGGCUAUGCUCAGUACCUCCCCAAGGAGCAGUACCUGUACACCAAAGAGCAGCUGCUGGACCGGAUGUGCAUGACUCUGGGUGGCCGGGUGGCCGAGGAGAUCUUCUUUGGGAGGAUCACGACUGGUGCACAGGACGACUUGAGGAAAGUCACCCAGAGUGCGUAUGCACAGAUUGUUCAGUUUGGCAUGAAUGAGAAGGUCGGGCAGAUCUCCUUUGAUCUCCCCCGUCAGGGGGACAUGGUGUUAGAGAAGCCUUACAGCGAAGCCACCGCCAGACUGAUCGAUGACGAGGUUCGGAUACUUAUUAAUGAAGCUCAUAAGAGAACAGUAGCGCUUCUCACAGAGAAGAAAGCAGAUGUGGAGAAAGUUGCUCUCCUAUUAUUAGAAAAAGAAGUAUUAGAUAAGAAUGAUAUGGUGGAACUUUUGGGACCCCGACCAUUCGCAGAAAAAUCUACCUAUGAGGAGUUUGUGGAAGGCACCGGCAGCCUGGACGAAGACACUUCGCUUCCUGAGGGCCUCAAGGACUGGAAUAAAGAGAGGGAGAAGGAGAAAGAGAAGGAGGAGACGCCAGAGGAGAAAAUUGCCAACCAGAUCCGAGGAGGGAGACCGUUCUAGCUGGUCCUAGUGGCGUUCCAGUUUGCACAUUGCUCUGAGCUCUGGCUUCCUGGGACAGUGGAAACAGCACCCAGAUGAUCUUGGCCAGACACUCACCUAGUCGAAGUGGUGGGAGCCGACUUAGUCCUCCGUCUCAGAAGGCCCGGGAGGGGUGGCCCCCGGGGAGUGUGUGGUGCAGGGCUCCUGGGCAGCAGGGGGUGAGUGGGGCCGGGCCAGCACGCUGCUCCACCCUGGCCAGAGAGCCAGCUGCCGAGUCCCUGGUGGGGACGCCAGGGUGCCUGGGACAGACAGCUCCCUCCUGCCACCCGCCCACUCUUCAUUCCUGGGUCCCCUGGAUUCCCCCCAGCGGAAAGGCUGUGAAAUUAAAUUGGAGUCCUGAUUAGAGUACGUUCCCUUGACUUCCUGUUUUAAAGAUUGAAUCUAGAUCACAUAUGUUGCUGUUGAAAUGGAACGAUUUUCUACAGAGAACUGUAACAUAUUUAAAAAUCUGAAUGUAUUGUGUAAAUACGGCUUCUUUACAUCAAAAAAAUAAAGUGUAAGCUAUA